AUGGAGAACGCAUUGGCAUUGGUUCGUGAUGAUGCUGGAUUCUGGAGAGACCAAGAUGGUCAGGUGUGUAAUGAGAGAGGCCAGCGACUUGAUGGAGAGGGUAACAUCAUCAGGACGCUGGGUGACUACAACAGACCUGAGCAAUUCUAUGCAAAUCGGUCUGCGAUUUGUGCUCCUGCGUUUCAGAGGAACGAUUUUGAGCUCAAGCCUGUGUAUUACACUCUUGUGGGUCAGCAUCCUUUCCAUGGUCUUUCUCAUGAGCAUCCAAUGGAUCAUAUUGAGAGGUUUGAGGAGUUGGUCACCAGCAUCAAAUACACUGGAGUGUCCAAUGACUUCCUCUUCUGUAAGCUGUCUGAGGAACUGAGACUCAAAAUCUCAACGUUUUCUCAAGGACCAACUGAAGCAUUCAAGGCUGCUUGGAUGAGAUUCAAGUCAUAUCAGAGAGAUUGUCCACAUCAUGGUUUCAGUGAUGUUCAGCUGCUGGGUAUUUUCUUCAGAGGUGUUGAUUGGAGAUAUCAGAUGGCUCUUGAUGCUGCAAGUAAUGGGAACUUCAACACCAGAUACCCUGAAGACGCUGUUGUGCUUAUUGAGAAUUUGGCAUCUAGCAAUAGUACCAAGAAUGCAGACUAUCAGCAAAAGAAGCUGGCUGGGAACAUGGAUGGAUCACAGAUUGCUGAGGUGAAAGCUAAGCUAGACUCUGUGCAUAGCCUUCUUGUGGGUAAGAAGUCCGUCAGAUUCCCUGCAAAAGUUCAGAAUUUCGGACCAGAUGAAACACUUGAGGAAGAAGAUGUUAACUUCAUCAAUGGAGCUGGAUUUCAGGGUCAGAGAUUUGGUACUCAGCAAGGGAACACGAAUUACAAUGGAAAUAAUCAGAGGAGUACCUUCACAGGUAAUCAGAACUCUUCUGGUUAUAACUUCAAACCUCAGUACCAGACAUCCUACUCCAACAACAGUUUUUCAAGGAACUAUGGUUCUCUUCCUACUCAAACUCCAGAUAAUAAGGUGAAGUCUAUGCUGGAACAGAUUUUGGAAGGACAGCAGAAGAUGACUGUGGAUUUCAAUGGGAAGAUUGAUGCUCUGUAUAUGGAUCUGAAUGGAAAAAUUGAAGUUCUGAACACUCAUGUCAAGAAGCUUGAUACUCAGGUUGCUCAGACUGCAGAGUCUGUAAAAAGGCAAGAAGGAUUCCUUCCUGGGAAGACUGAUACCAAUCCUAGGCAUUACUGCAGUGCCAUCUCGUUAAGGAGUGGUAAAAAGUUGACUCCUGUGCUUAAAAAGGGUAUUUCUGAGGAUGAAAUCGUGGAGUUGGACGAAUCUGAAGAAAAUUUCGAAACUGCAGAGCCAGUGUCGAGCGACACCACCACUAGUGUCGCGCGACACCAAUCACAGAGCGAAGCUCAAGUUGUUCAGAAUCCGAAACCAACAGAAGAAAGAGUCUACAAACCUAAGGUUCCUUACCCAAGGAAUCCUAGGAAGUCCAAGCAGGAGCUAGACAAUGCUAGAUGCAAUGCUUUGAUGGAGAAACUUGUGAUUGAGAUUCCUUUGGUUGAUGCUGUGAAGAUUGCUCCUACUCUCCGACACUAUGUGAAGAGGAUGGUGACUAAUAAUCUGAGUCAUGAGCAAGGAGUGAUGAUGAUUUCUGAACAGGUCAGUGCUGUGAUUCAGAAUAAGAUUCCAGAGAAACUCUCGGACCCAGGAAGCUUUGUUUUGGACUGCUCUAUUUUCUCAGAGAGGUUCAAGAGAUCGCUGAGUGAUCUUGGUUCGAGUGUCAACCUCAUGCCAUACUCUGUAGCUGUUAACCUUGGGAUGACUGACUUCAAGCCAACUAAGAUCUCUCUAAUCCUAGCAGAUCGAUCUAAAAGAAUCCCAAAAGGUGUCUUGGAGGAUGUUCCGAUUAAAGUUGGUGAUUGCAUAAUUCCUACAGAUUUCAUGGUUCUGGAAUAUGGAGAGGAACCCAAAGAUCCUCUUAUCCUGGGAAGAUCGUUUUUCGCUACAUCUGGAGCAGUAAUUGAUGUCAAGCAUGGUAACCUUGAUCUCCACCUGGGAGAUACCAUCAUGACUUUCAAGAUGGAGAAGCUGAAGGAUCCAACCAUAGAUGGUCAAACAUUCCAAGUCAGUGCAAUAUCUGAAGUGAUAGUUGGAGAUCAGAACGUGCUUGAUGCUGAAGGGAAUAAGUCAAGGCCACCCAAACACAGAUCUCACCUUAGUGCUAUUCCUGUAUUCCUUGGACGACCUCAUGCGCACAAUGCCUACACACCACCAUGGAUGAGACGCUUUUCACAGAGGCAUUCUUUGCCACUGUGUAGCAGAUACGAAGUGAAAAACUUCCUCCCUCCGAUCAUCGCCGUGAUCUCCAACAUGUCGUUGCCGCUUCAACAUUCUUGUGCUGCCAUCUCUGAUUUCGCUCAGAAGGCACCGGUGAAGAAGAAUCCCAACAACAGCUUCGUCGAUGGACAUGUGAGAAUCCUGAAGUGCAACGAGGACAUCCCUAAGAAGACCGCAAAUCUGGUUGUGUAA